AUGUUGUUUGAUGGAGCUCAGCAGCCCGUCUCGCUCGCGCCCGUCGCCGUGUCUGACAGCGGAAGUCGCCUGCUAGGCUGUCGAUACAAGCAAGGCAUGGUCCGACCCCGUGGAAGCGCUGGGCUUGCAUGCUAUUCUGGUGCUCGUAGUGCCGACAUGGCGGCAGUGCGGCGUCUGGACGCACAGUAUUCCGCAGACGGACUGGAUCGCGAUCUAGGCUGGCUAGUCCACUGGGCCCCUGCCAUGUACGGUACCUCGAUAUACGGCCAGACGGCGUAG